UGUUUCAAUGUAUAUACAAGUGCAACCGAACUAUAGCUUUCUCGAGUCUUGAAGAAUAUAUACCUAGUGAAUGGAAAAAGAAGAUCAAAAGAUGGGGAGUAGGGUAGAUAGGUACCUGCCGGUGGUGGCAAUGGUGCUGCUACAGGUGAUAUAUGCAGGUAUUGCCAUUGGAACAAGGACUGUCUUAGUAGAGGGAAUGAGCCCAAGGGUCUUUGUUGUCUACCGCCAACUUAUGGCAACUCUUGUCAUUGUUCCCGUUGCUUAUUUCUCUGGGAGAAACUCUGGCUCGUGGUCCUUAAGUUUUAGGAGUUUUUGUCUCAUAUUCCUUGCUUCACUAAUUGGUGUGACGUUGAAUCAGAAUCUAUUGUAUGAGGGUCUAUAUCUGGUUUCCUCUUCAGUUGCAAGUGCAAUGGCCAAUCUUCUCCCAGCUCUCACUUUUCUUAUAGCAGCUCUUCUUCGAAUGGAGAGUGUGAAUAUUGGAAGCUGGAGAGGCAUAGCGAAAAUAGUAGGGACAGUGACAUGUGUAAGUGGAGCAGUGUCCAUGGCAUUGUUGAAGGGUCCAAAGCUACUCAAUAAUUCACAAAAGCUUCCACCAUCAAAUUCAUUUCUCAUAGGUUUAGGUGGUCCUGACAACAAUUGGUUUCUGGGUUGUCUCUUUCUCUUUGGAAGCAGUUUUUGCUGGUCACUUUGGCUGAUUUUGCAGGUUCCAGCAUCUGCAAGCCACCCUAAUCACUUGUCUCUAUCAGCAUGGAUGUGUUUGAUGGCUGCAUUACAAUCAGGAGCAGUCACACUAUUCCUGGAGCCACACCCUGCUGCUUGGAAGUUUCACACUCUUCUUGAAUUUGCUUCCACUGUAUAUGCAGGAGUUAUGGGAUCUGCAGUAUCAUUCUUUGUGCAAGCAUGGUGCAUCUCAAGAAGAGGUCCUCUCUUCUCUGCAAUGUUCACUCCCUUGUACACUGUCAUUACCACCAUAUUCGCAGCCAUAAUGCUUCACGAGACCCUAUACACUGGAAGCUUGAUAGGCGCAAUUGGAGUUAUUAUUGGCUUGUAUAUUGUGCUGUGGGGUAAGGCUGAAGAAGUAGCUGAAAAUGAUGAUAAUGUGACGACCGAUGCAAUAACACCAGCAGAAGAGGAAGUGAAGAUCCACAUAAUAAAAAAUAUUAAUAAUAAUAAUAAUAAUAUUGAAUCAACUGAUUUUGAAGAACCCCUUCUCUCCUCCAACUCCCCUUCACAUUCUUUAAAUUAAGCUGAUAUUCUUCAUGUAUUACAUUGUAGUGAUGAAGAAAUAAAGUUUCUUUUGGAUUUUAACUGAUUAUAUAUAUAAUUGGUAAAUUGAACUUUUUUAUGGAGAAA